GUAACAGCAGCCUCUGAGUUAUAAAAUUUCACAGGUUUCCCUAAAAAAAACAACAAAGCUUCUAUUUCACUACUAACACUUUAUUUAUUCAUGGAGAGAUCACCACCAAACCGACGUGUUUGUUUGUCUCGUAGCCUUUUGAAGUUAUGCAUUCGUCUCACUAUGCCGGCCGAGUAAACUAAAUAAAACAUGCAAGAAAAAAAUAUAUUUCAUAACAAGACAACGGAAAACGAAGAAUAUUACAUUAAUUCUUCCCUCACAAUUUCUCUCACUCAUUGUAAGACCAUUUCUUUGAUUAAACCUCAACCAUUGUCAUGCUUACGUGAACACACCUUCCUUCUUCUCCUCCUUUAAAACCGAAGCCUUUCCCCUCCUUAACACCCUCCCUCGCCAACAUCACCAUUAAUCACCUCUCUGGCGCUCUCUCUCACUCUCUAAUCCCACACUAAUCCUUAUUGCUUUAGUUAAUAACCAUGAUUAAAGGAGGUGGUUAUGAAGUUCUCGACAUGAUCCAACCCCACGAACCUAAUUGGGAUUACUCCUCCCUCGCCUUCCCAUCCUCUUCCCCGAUCUCCAACCCUUUCCCCAAGCCCACCGCCACGUCAGCAAUUGACAACCACCACCACGGCCUCCGCGGCGUCGUCAACUUGGAGAGAAACGAGCUCUCCGAGUGGGUCGAACACGUCACCAAACAGCUCAUCGAUGACUUGCCCGACACGCCACAACCCGGCCCCGAUACCAUGGCCGCCGCCGCCUACCGCGACAGCAACGUCGACAUCGACCACUUCCGUCCCCGGAAAGUCAUGCGCCGGAGUACUCCUCACCAUCACGAGGAGUACUCCGUCGACCAUACAAAUAAUAAUUCCUCGGGGAGCACCAGCGACAACAGCCCAAGCGACGCCGUCUCCGACGCGCCCACCCACCAGGCGCCGCCGCCACUAAACCAGAACGACGAGCGGAGCCUGGGGCUGAUCACGCAGCUCUUCGAGAUCGCGGUCGCGAUCUCCGUCGAGAACCUGGGGGAGGCCCACGAGAUGCUCCUGGACCUGAGCCACGUGGCCUCCCCCUACGCCCCAUCCUGCGCGGAGCGCGUGGUGGCCUACUUCGCCAGGGCAAUGUCGAGCCGCGUGAUGAACUCGUGGCUCGGCACGUGCGCCCCGCUGACCAACCACCGGGCCAUCCACGCGGCGUUUCAGGCCUUCAACAACGUCUCCCCUUUCGUCAAGUUCGCCCACUUCACCUCCAACCAGGCCAUCCUCGAGGCCUUCCAGCGCCGGUCCCACGUCCACAUCAUCGACCUCGACGUCAUGCAGGGGCUCCAGUGGCCGGCACUCUUCCACAUCCUCGCCACGCGGGCCGAGGGCCCGCCCCAGGUCCGGAUGACCGGGAUGGGCUCCUCCAUGGACCUCCUCGUCGAGACGGGCCGACAGCUGUCCAGCUUCGCGAGACGGCUGGGCCUGUCCUUCGAGUUCCAUCCAAUCGCCAAGAAGUUCGGUGACGUGGACGCGUCCAUGGUCCCCUUACGGCGCGGGGAGACGCUGGCGGUGCACUGGAUGCAGCACUCGCUGUACGACGCCGUGGGGACGGACUGGAAGGCCGUGCGGCUCCUCGAGGAGCUGUCCCCACGGGUCGUCACCCUGGUGGAGCAGGACGUGGCCCACGGUCCGGCCGGGUCGUUCCUCGACCGGUUCGUGGGUUCGCUCCAUUACUACUCGACCCUGUUCGAUUCGCUGGGGGCGUUCUUGGCCCCCGACGAUCCCGGGAGGCAUAAGGUGGAGCAUGACCUGUUUUUUCGGGAGAUCAACAACGUGGUGGCGAUCGGUGGGCCCGGGAGGAGCGGGGAGGAGAAGUUCAAGCACUGGAGGAGGGAGCUCGCGAGGAGCUCCUUCCUCCAGGUGCCGAUGAGCGGGAACUCAAUGGCUCAGGCGCAGUUGAUACUCAACAUGUUCCCCUCGGUGCAUGGCUACAGCCUGGUUCAGGGGGAUGGAACGCUCAGGCUCGGGUGGAAAGAUACUGGGUUGUUUACUGCGUCGGCCUGGACCUCACCUGCUUCUAGCUAGCUAGCUAAUUUAUCUCUGCUACUUUGACUUGAUCUGAUAUCAUUUGGUGUAGUUAGUGGGUUUUUUUGGUUCAUGUAUCGGAAUCGCGUGGAACUACAAUAUGGUAUUGAUGACGAUUAGUUGUAGUUAUUGGCAACGGUGUUAGUUCGAGAGAGGAGCUGAUUGAUAUGUGCAUGUACGUAGAGAUGAUGACACGGCCUGCAACAGAUUAUACAGAGGUUUUUGAAUUCUAUUGCUUACAAUGGCAAGUGGGUAUACUAUUAUUCUAUACGUACGUAAUACCAUGAAGUGAAGACCAGAAAAAAUGGCCCAGAUGUGGCUAAGCUUGAUUAAUUAAUUUUCAUUGGCUGCAGGCUUGCAUGUAGUAUUAUAUAGGCCAUGGCUUUCUAAUUAAAAUUUGGUUUCUCCCCUGAUGUUGACAAAGUUGUAAAGGUGCAAUUUGAUGUGUUUUUCUGCUUGUUGCUUGUAUAUUUUCAGGGCUCACCACCAUUAUUAGUUUAUGGGGCGUUCAAUUCAUAUAUAUAUUGUGAAUAUGGCCUGUUGUAGCUAUCUCUUGGUUAUUAAUCACCAUCCGCUUGUAUUUAGUAGUGAAAGUAGUGAUAAAUAAUUGUAUUAGGUAUAGCUUAUAAAUAAUGCGUGUAUCGAAUCUCGUAAAUUCAUAAACGCGCAGAUUGUCGAAUCUCGUGAAUGUUUAACUAGCUAGGCUUAUCAGUACUGCUACGUUAUAAAUCACUUGGUCAUAUAUAAAGUCACUUUUUUUAUUUGUAGUAAGUGCAUAACGAAAUAUUUUUACGGUUUUUUUAUGUGAUCACACACUUUAUAUAAAUAGUUGUAGAUGAAAUUUUAUGAAAUUAGAUGAAUUUCUUCCAUGUUCAUAAAACGGAAAGCAAAUUCCUUCCAUUCGUUAGGCUAUUAUAUAUACCGUUGUUUUUUACAGAUGCAGCGUAAAGGAAUUUUCACCAAAAGGGUAAAUACAAGGGAAUUUUGAUUAAGUAAUAUAUACAGGAGAAGGGCCAAACAACAUUAUUCUACACACAUAUAUAUGCAGAGCCAAAAAAAAACAAUUCUAGGAAAAGCUAGUACUGCGUCCUAAUCGGCGGUCGUUUCUGUGCGUAAAAGACAUUGCCGGCGUUGCAAUUUAGGAGCAAAGAGAGGGGAAAAUCAAACAAAUUAGGGAACAUUAGAUACGGAGUAACAUAGAGUUAAUUCAGCACGUGAUCUUAAUAACAAUUAUAUUAUUACUAUAUGCAUGUACAAGUCAAACAAUGCCUUGCUCCAAUAUCCUUUCUUGGCAUAUCUGGCUCUGGCUGUACGUAAUUUACUAGUUUGUUGAUCAUUGAUUUACAAUUGUGGGUUAUCCCAAAGCUCAUCCACAACCAAUUCCGAGUCUGAAAGCUGUAGCAAUGGCAGGCAGGCAGGCGUAAUGAACAAUCCUCGUUGGUUUUAGACGGGGUAUGGUGGAAUCACGGUUUGAUAUGAAUUCAUCCACAAAUAACACAAAAAUUAUUGUACGUGGGUGAUUGAUCGGAUGGAUUGUGAGUCGGUAAAUUUUCUAUUCGCAUUUAUUAAGAUGGGUGGUGAGUAAGUUGCAGGUUUACUUGGAUGACUUACACCCUAUUUGUACAUGACAAAUAUUUUUUUCAUCAUAUUUCCUAAUCACACCACAAACUGACCAUCAACUCAUAAAGGUAGUAGUUCGAGAAUAUUUGUGGAUUAUUACUGCAGUUAACUAUGUUAUGUUAUGUAUAGAUAUUGGGAUGCAAAUUACAAACAAUUAAUUACAUCAAAGUUGGAAAAAAAACGUUAAUUUUCUCUUCAGUUAAUGAAAAACUUAAUUUAUA